CACUAAUCAUCAUCAUCACUUAUUCAUCACAUAGCCUGCUUCUUCGUGGAGGAUGGCAGCUGUAGUUAGGCUGGAUUCACAACAGUUAGAGUUGGACUCCCAUAACAGUAAAAAGUUUCAAAAUGCUUACCUAGUUCUGCAGCAUGCUCCAAAUACUAUUUUCACCAAAGUAUUGCUGAAUGGCUUUCAUUUCACAUGUGUUCUUGGAUGUAAUCUUGAAAAAGAAAUGAACAAAGCCCAUGCUGAUGACAAAUGUGAGUGUUUGGAACAUACUGAAUAUAUGAAUGUAGAAUGUAGUGACAUAGUGUUUUUCAAUGUUUCUAUGGGCAUUUUGAUUUUUUCAUUUGGAGUCAUACUGAGUCUCGUUUUCUUGCUGCACUAAUUGCGGGUAUCUUCUGCAGCUGCCACCAGCACCACCACUACAGCCAAGACCUCCAGUCAUGUGACACGUUGCAGUGACAGCCAGAGGAACUACUGUGUUAAUGGAGGGGAGUGCUUCACCCUUGAAAUCAUGCCAGGCACCACAAAGUUUCUUUGCAGGUGUCCAAAUGAAUUUACUGGGGAUCGCUGCCAAAACUAUGUAAUGGCCAGCUUUUACAAACAUCUUGGGAUUGAAUUUAUGGCUGAGGAGCUGUAUCAGAAACGCAUUUUAACAAUAACAGGAAUCUGCAUUGCACUCCUAGUGGUUGGAAUCAUGUGUGUGGUUGCCUACUGCAAAACAAAGAAGCAGAGGAAAAAGCUCCAUGACCAUCUGAGGCAGAGCCUGAGGAAUAAGAGGACCAACAAUACCAAUACUGGUAUUGGCUCCAACCUGGCAAACUCAGCUAGAGGACGUCAGGUUUCUAACUUGCCUCUUCAAGAUUUGCAGCUCAUCGAUCAUUGUAAUGGGACAACUAUGCAGCAUGCAGCUGAGGGGGAUACAGAAACCAACUUCUCCACAAGCAAAAAGGCUUUAUUGGUGCAUGAACCCACUACAUUCACCAACAUCUCUAGCAUGAGGUGUGUACCUGCCAUGACAACCCAGACUCAGCUGUCUCUCGUGUCCCAGACCUCUCCUGCAACACCAGGGUCUCCUCCAUCAGAGAUGUCUGCCCCCCUGUCCAGCCUGGCAAUCUCUGUCCCUUCUUUGGCUUUAAGCCCCUCUGGUGAGGAGGAGCGCCCCCUGCUGUUGUCAAACACACCUCAGCCAUGCAAGGCUUUGAGCCGAGAUGAACAGAAGAGGACAUCUGCCCACUACAACCAUGGCCAUGUAGCACAUAGCUUACCACCUAGCCCACUGUUUACUAUGGAGAAUGGUUACUACAUAGGUGACCAUGACAACACAGCUGGCAGCCAUAUGUUCUCAGCAUUACCUGAGAAGCUACUAAAUACAAACAACAACAUCAACAGCUGCAGCACCAAAAGAGUCACCAAUGGCCAUGUGCAGCAGAAUGUGGAGUCCAGUGGCGAUAACAUGCUAGUGAGGGAAAAAGAGGAGCGUCGGGGGGAACGCACAUCCUUCCUUACUACUGAUAGCACUACAACCCUGCUGCUCAGGGCUAUGGACAGCAGCAGGACUAACCUAGCAUCACCAACUAAUGACGUGGCAGACAAGUCAUCCAGUUCCACCACCAAACUAAAUCCAGUUGCUGUGUAAAGUCAAAAGAAAUUGCUGAGAAUCCUUUAUGUUGAGGGAAAAAAAAAUGAAUAGUCAUUAUUAAACCUUUAUUUUCUGUAAAGUAUUUGCUUUGUAAAGACUUUUAAAGAUAAAUGAAAAUGAAACUUUUAUUUUAGUGAUGUAGUAAAUAAAGAGUUUUAUAAAAAGAAAUGUACAAAUGUGUUCAUGUCUUGUAGGUAAAGUGCCAUACACUAGUAUGUAGCAACGGAUGACAGUAUAUUUCUGUGCAGAAAAAUAUCAAUGGUGCCUUUCUAUUUAGUGUGCUUAAGGGAACUGCAACAUUGCAUACUGGGACAUAUAUUCACCAACUUAACAAUCCAAAAUAACUUGCUGGCUGCUUUUGAUGUCCUCCAGUUGGAAGUGCCCGUUGACACAACAGUUUGCUAUUAUAUUCAUACAAGGUGCAUGCUACGUCCUUCAAUGCUGUGACGGAAUGCACAGUUCAUGUGUUUUCCUCUCCAAUCAUUUGACCUGGUACUAAACUCCAACACCUGGACUGAUGUUUGUGAAUAAAUGAUCAAUCAGCUCAUAAUUUGCAUUUGAUGAGAGAUGGAAAAGAUGGUUGAAAUCAUAAUGGUUUUAUUGAUCAUCGUCUCAUCCGGAAUCCUGCUGGUGAACGAUUCUCAUAACUGAUAGAUAAAGAUGCCAUUACUAAAAACUGGCGCUGUAGUGUUACUAAUACUGUCACUUAUAUGCUUAACAUAAUCCUGUAGAUAUUUAAUUUCAUUAAAUUCUAUAUUGUGAUUUGAUUUACACAUUUCAAGUUAACUAUUAAAUGUUAAACAGUUGAUGCACUGGUGUAGUAUUGCACUUAAAUAAUGUUUAGAUACUGACAAAGGAUAGAUAAAUAAAUAAUAAAAGUACAGAAAGAUGCUCAUCAGAGGCCUAAUAUCCUAACUUACGCAAAAUGCUGGAUCCUAAAUUUCCGAUAAUGCUUGAACGGGUCUUUAUGAAACUUAAGUUUCAUGUCUUUCUAUGCUGGCAUGUAUCCACAUCUUUACAGAGUGCAAACUGACUCAGAUAAGGUGGUGCCAUCAAAGAAAAUGACUAGCAUGAAGACCAGCAAUGCUCUUUUUCUUCAAGAGAACACUCCAAUUACUUGUGUCCUCCAUCACCAGUAUGAUAUUGCUGAUGGCAUCUUUAAAUGCAAGAAUAUCUACAUAGUGUGUACUGAAUGGAAAACUGAAUAUAUGGCUCAUUUUGUCCUUUGCAUUUUGGGGAUUCAAAAAAUUGCUAAAUAUAUACAUGAUGUUUAACUGCUGUAUUUUGUUCAGUCUUAUCUCUGGUAUGAUAUACAUGUAUUUUUUGUCAAAAUUGUUACAAUUUUGAAGAAAAUAAAUGCAUACAUACAUGUAUGCAUUUAUUUUUUCUACCCCAACUUGUGUUCACAUAUGCAGUCUCAUUGUAUGUGUGAUUUAGAAAAAGGUUUUAUAAUGUCUUCUAACAUGAGCAUAUUUUAUGAAAAUCUGCCAAAGAUUGUCACCACUUCUAGACUUUAGAAGAAGAAAAUCAUUUAGCAAAAGUAAACAAAAAUAACCAUUAUUGGGCUCUGUAAUCAACCAUAGUUUCCUAAAAUGUAUGUAUGUAGAAUCAGCAGUCAGCCUACUAUAUGAGUAAGUACUAUGACAUAUAUGUGCUGCUCCAUGAUUAGUGUAUUAAUGGUGGCCAUACUUCUAUGUAAUCUUUUUUUUUAAGAUUAUUUAUCCUUCAUUUAGUCAGUUUUGCUCAUUACAAGCAUCAAUUACAGAUUUUAGUGUAUAUAUUUAUAUUUUAACAAAGAUUAGUUUAAGAUGUAAGAUAUAUAGCCAUCUGUCACAUGGUUAUUAGGACAAAAUAGAAAUGAUCUACUUGCAUAUUUUGUCACUUGUAUGCUCAACAAUAACUCACAAUGCAUUGCUUUUAGGUGUAGGAUUGUCUUCAAAUGAUGUAAAAACACAAUGAAAACCUUCAGCCCUGUUGAUUCUUAUUAAAUAUUAAAUCAUUUUUGUGUUUUGUGCCUCAAAGUGUCAACAUAUUGAAGGUUCUCUGCUUUACCACUGAAGAAUUCAAUGAAAACGAUUCCAAGGAUAGGAAUAAAGGAACAGGGGUUGGGAUUAUCCAUUUCCGGAUGGUUCAACAGUAUGGGGUCUCUAGGCAGGCAAUGGCCAUGUCGACCCAGGUACAGUCCAGA